AACCUGCUUCCGGGUCAGAGGUUACCGACGGCGGGAUGGGGAAAAUGGCUACAGUUGUGAGCUCUGUGGCGACACUGGCGACUGAACCUGGGGAGGACGCCUUUCGGAAACUUUUCCGCUUCUACCGGCAGAGCCGACCCGAAAAAGGAGACCUAGGAGGCGUCAUCGACUUCUCGGCGGCCCACGUAGGCCGCAGCACGGGUCCUGGGACCCAAAAGGUGGUCAGAUCUCAGCUAAGCGUGUCCUCCGUCAGUGAGCACAAUGCACAUCGAGCAGGACUUAAGCCAGUCAGCAAAUGGCAAGCCUAUGGACUCGAAGGCUAUCCUGGAUUUAUUUUUAUCCCAAACCCCUUCCUCCCAGGAUAUCAGUGGCACUGGGUAAAGCAAUGCCUUAAGUUAUACUCCCAGAAACCCAAUGUGUGUAACCUGGACAAGCACAUGAGUAAAGAAGAGCCCCGAGACCUGUGGGAACAGAGCAAAGAGUUCCUAAGGUGUAAAGAAUUGAAUAAACGAAGGCCAAGAAGUUUACUAGAGAAACUGCGCUGGGUGACCUUGGGCUACCAUUAUAACUGGGAUAGUAAGAAAUACUCAGCAGAUCAUUAUACACCUUUUCCUUCUGACCUGGCUUUCCUCUCAGAGCAAGUAGCUGCUGCCUGUGGAUUUCAGGGCUUCCGAGCUGAAGCAGGCAUCCUGAAUUACUACCGCUUAGACUCCACACUGGGCAUCCAUGUAGACAGAUCUGAACUGGAUCACUCCAGACCCCUGUUGUCAUUCAGCUUUGGACAGUCUGCUAUCUUUCUACUGGGUGGCCUCAAAAGAGAUGAGACCCCUACAGCCAUGUUUAUGCACAGUGGUGACAUUAUGGUAAUGUCAGGUUUCAGCCGCUUGUUGAACCAUGCUGUUCCUCGAGUCCUUCCAAAUCCUGAGGGAGAAGGCCUGCCUCACUGCCUGGAAACUCCACUCCCAGCUAUCCUCCCCAAAGAUGCAGUGGUAGAGCCCUGUUCUGUGGAGGACCGGCAAGUGUGUGCCAGCUACUUGAGGACCGCUCGUGUUAACAUGACUGUCCGACAGGUACUUGCCAAAGACCAGGACUUCCCUUUGGAACCCAUGGAGGAGAAUAAAAGAGAUGUCACCACUGAAGAUUUCUGCCAUCUGGGUGGCCAGAAUAACCAAGUAAAACGGGCUAGGUUAAACCUUGACAGCUGAGAAUUGGGGGUCCCCUUUUGUUACUCAGGCAGGUCUUUGAGCACCGUGGAUUCGUGGACUCUUGGAGCAACAUGAGCCCAAACCAGAUAGGGAGGAGCUCAUCAUGAUCAUACUGUUGCCUUGGAACCCAUCCUAGAGAUUAAACUGAUAACACUUUGCUCAGAGAAGGGUUUGACAUAGUCCAGUCCUAUGUAGCUAAUGGGAAGUGUGUGUGAUCAUACCAGGGAGGUAGGACACAGCCCUCUUAGCCUCUGCCAUUACAUCUGAGAGAGGUCAGUGGGCUUUUACAUGACUCUGGUGUUUAAGUACCUCAGAUUAAUGGCAAUAUAUAUGUUAACAACCCAAGCCACCCACUUACCGCGACAACUAGUAAAAUUAUGAUUCCAUGAAGUAACCAUUAAAAUCAGCUCACCAUCAUCAUCAAAUUCUUUGCUCUUUUCUGGCAUCUUCUCUGACUCUACAGAUGAAUUUUAUGCACAUGAAGACAACAGCACUGGAAAUCUUAUUGCCUAGAAAAAAAUUAAUCUAUCAUUUUUGUCCUAAAGAUAAAACUGAAGAGAGAGAAAAAUAAUGCUUUCUUCACAUAUGUAAGUCUCCAAACUCCUGGUUGACUUUUCAAUGCAGUUUUAAUUGUUGGAGUAAAAAUGUCCUGAGGGUUUCCUGUCACUGUUUUCUCUAUGAAUAAACUUACUUGGUUUUAAAUUAAAGAUCUCUAUCUCUUCCAGGGUUAGUGUAUCUGGGAUUAGAUUUUUCUUCUUCCUGUCUGCUGUACUGUUUGGGGCUAUUAAAGCCCUCUAGCUGUUUUUGCCCUCUACCACCCUGCUCUGUCCUAAAUGUUCUUUGUGGCUGCCUCACAGGAGAGAAUGUGCCUUGAUGAUCCAGUCCCUACUGUCUUGCUGAAGAUAGCCUGUAAAAUUUAUGAAAUGCUUUUACUCUGCAUCUCCACCAGUGUGACUUGCUGUACCCCGCACCAUGCUAUUUUACAUUUUUUCUGGUCUACAGUUUCUUCAUUCAUAAAGUGGGAAAGGAAAAAAAGUAUACUUCUAUCUUCCCAAAGGAAUUUUGGUAUUUAUAAAGAGAACUUUAAAUUGCCAGAUGUUUUAUUAUUGUAAGGGUUCUGUCUGUGUGAAACAUUGGCUGGAAAUCAUUUUAUUGCUUGCUGCUUGCAACAUGCCUUGCUGAAUUUGCAUAUCUCCUCUGUCCUGCUUUUUUUUUUUUAAUUACCAGUAUUGAGUAUGGAGUUCACAUGGUAUAGGUUUGGGUUGAGUUGGGUUUGUUUUGUUUUGUUUGAAACAGAUUCUUUACGUAUUCCAGGCUGAUCUUUAACUCGCUAUGUAACCUGGGCUGGCCUUGAACUUACAAUAAUCCUCCUGCCUCAGUCUCCUGAAUGCUGGGAUUAUAAGUGUACACCACCGAAUCUGGAAAUGUUUUCCUUUUUUUGUUGUUUUUUGAGACAGGGUCUCACUAUGUAGUCCAGGCUGGCCUCAUACUCAUGGCAUGCCUCCUGUCUUCGGCCUUCCCAAGUGCUGGGAUUUUGGGAAUGUGCCAUCAUGCCCAACUAACUUUUUACUUAAAUAAUAAAAAUGACUGUAGACCGCUUAGGUGUAAACCUGAUGAGAAAGUUAUGUAUCAUUUACCAGUAGAAAAAUUCCUUAAAUCUCUUCAGAAUGUACGCUAAAUGUAAAGUACCUAAAACCAACAUUCUGUCAUUCAGUAAACCAACAUGGGCUAUGUAUCCUUAGCAAAAGAACGAUUACUCUUUGUUCAAGCAAGUAUCAGCAUUGGCUUAUGUUCAGGAGCCAUGGUGUACCCAAUAUCCAAACCAUGGACCCCCUCCAUGAGGUGGGUAUUCCUCCUAUGAAAAGCAGGUGGGGACAGGCAGCCAAGAGCAGAUUCCUGUCCUGGGGAGAACAAGCUCAGUGACCCAGUCAGCAGGUUUGUCUGCAUAGUGCACGUGCUCGAGCUUAUCGUCUCGCUCUCUCUUCCCACUCCCCUUCUCUAUCCCUCUUCUGUCCUUGUCCUACCUUGUCCCUUCUCACUCCCUAUCUUACCUCUCUCACUCUAGGGUAUGUAUGGUGAUGGGGCUAGGGAUUUAGCUCAGCGGUAUAAGCACCGGUCUGGCAUCAAAGAGUAGAGAUACAAACUUUAGGCCUGGGGAAAUUGGUCUCCUUCCCCCUCCCAGAUAAAGUUGCCUUCUCAGAGAUGGUUUGAUUGUGAAUUACAUGGCCAUCCUAAUUUUAUUGUACUUUUGGCACAAAAAUUUUACUUCUAGAGGGCUGGGCAUGUUGGUGCGCACCUGUAAUCACUUGGGUUGAAACCAGGAGGUUUCAAGGACAGCUAGGACAACAUAGCAAAUUCAAGAGCAACCCAGACUAUAUAGCAAGACCCUGUCUUUGAAAAUACCAGAAAAGCUAGGCACCCCUAUAAUCCCCGUGCCCCAGAAGGCUGAGGCAAGAAGACUGCAAACUCAACCCCAACCAGAACAAUUUGGUGACCCGGUAAGACUUAAUCUCAAAACAAAAAAAGGGGGGAAGAGGCGGGCAGAAGAUGGAGAUGCGGCUCAGCAUGAAGUCCUGAAGUCAUGCCUGGGUUCAAUCCUCAAUCCAGAAACGAUCAGAGCUUACAUAAAACGGAUUUUAUGUAAGAAUAUUUACACCGGGGCUGGGGAUUUAGCUCAGCGGCAUAAGCGCCUGCCUUGCAAGCAGGCAGUCAUGAGUUCUAUCCCUGGUACCGAUAAAAAGAAAAAAAAGACACCAAAAAAAGAAUAUUUACACAAGUGAAAAUUUGAAAUAAGCUCAAAAUAUUAGGCGUUGGUUGAUGACAGUAUUGUCUUUCAACAAAUGAUAGUGGAGCGCCCUUGACUAUACAAAGACCCUGCAUACAAGUCACAAGAACAACUUGAAAUAUGGGGAAAUGCUAUAUUUGAAAAAAUUCAGUUAAUCACUUUACAACCUAAAUUUGUACAGAAUGUUUACGUAACUUAAAAACUGGAAAUAUGUGUACUAAAUAAAUAUAAUGAAAUUA